UCCCAUAACCAUUACUCUCUCUCUCUCCUCUCUCUCUCUCUCUUUAAUAAGAAAAUAUGUUGCUCGGAAAACGUCCACGACUGCCGAUCAAGAGAACGACGAGCAUGACAGGCAUCACCGUUGAUCUCACCGGCGGUGAAGCGCCGGAGCCGUGCGAUCAACUGGCCCCUCCUCCUCCUCAUCAUCAUCAUAACCAUAACUUCAUUGAAGCUCAAAGUCAGGACAAUAAUACGAGUUUUUUGGGAUAUAACUACCAAGAAUCGCGCUCCAAUCAUAACUUCCUGCAGUCCAUGCUGUCGCCGAGAACCAACACUUACCGCCGAAACUCCACCGAUUUCGUCGAGACCGCCGAUUUCCUCCGCACCUGCGGCCUCUGCAAGCGUCGCUUGGCUUCUGGCCGUGACAUCUAUAUCUACAUGGGAGACAUGGCAUUUUGUAGCUUAGAAUGUAGGGAGAAGCACAUAAAGCAAGCCGAGGAGAAAGGCAACUCUUCGGCAAGGAUAUCACCCGGCGACCGCCGCCAAAAACCGGCGUCAUCGGUGGCUGAGUCCUGAUUGGAAGUGGACGGCUUCAAGGGAGAGACAGAGAGUAGUGAGGGGAAAAAAAUGGAGAAUUUGAGGCACACAAGAAGGAAGCGAGCAGUGCAAUAUGAUGUUUGCCUUUCCAUGGAUGGGUCCCACCAUUGAUGUUAUCUAAUAUAGUAUGAUAUGGCCUUCUUUUCUUAGCUUUAUCUUUUUUUUUUCCCUUGUUCCACUAUUAUAAAAAAAAAAAAAAAAAAAGGUAAAAAGAAAAUGAAUCAAAUCUCCAUGGAUACAAUCUUCUUCUGUGUAAGAAUGAAGAUGGGGAAAUCUCUACUCAUCUGAAUGGAUUUUUUCCUAUGAUUCAAACAAUAU